AUGGUUCACUCGACGAAACCCACUGACACCCCGGUGAGGUCCGCCAUAACUCCACGCAAAACAUUGCGGGAAAGAUUUCUCCAUCGCCUGCCCAACUACAAUGGUCCCUAUAAUGUCGGUUACAUGGACAUCGAGGUCCCUGCUCGGAACCCACGCCCCAUUUCAAAUUUAAGGCGCGGCGGGAAACCAGUUCUGAGACUCGAUACUGUGUUAAUGGGAGUAUACUACCCGUGCGAUGUGCAAAAAACCAUCGAGGCCUCAGACAAUGCACAUAGCCUCCAUCGUGUAAACUGGAUGCCAGCGCCAAGAAUAGCCACGUCAAAGGGAUAUGCCAAAUUUCUCAACAUUCCAUCAGCACCAGUCACGGGAUAUCUGGCGUGCACUUCACUAUUCACAAAAUUGCCAGCCUUUCGAAACGCCAAGUUAGCAGACUACUGGGCUGGGAAUGCUUCGCAAUGCAACGUGUCGUCAGACAAGGAGGAAAUUGGAAAUAAAGGUUGCCGCACCGAGAAACCCAGGUUUCCCGUUGUGAUAUUUAGCCACGGACUCGGGGGUUCGAGGCUAUGUUACAGCACAAUAUGCGGCGAAUUGGCCAGUUUCGGCUUUGUCGUGGUCGCGAUGGAGCAUAGGGACGGAAGCGGAGCGAGAACACUAGUGAACCUGCCUGAUGAUGUGGACGCUGCCGAAAUUGAAUCCUCAACAGCAGAGAUUAUUUCUAGAAACGAGGAAGAUCAUGGAUCCAGGACCAAGAACAAAAAGAUUCAACGACGGAGGAAACGCGGAUUGAACCCGUACUACAUCAUGGACUACAUCUUGCCAAAGGAUAACGCCCAGGAUACCUCACCUCACAACCCUCGCGGCGUGGACAGCAAACUUCGAAAUGCUCAGAUCGAACUGAGAGUAGAGGAGAUUAAAGAGGCAUACCAUGUCCUAUCUCUCAUACACGACGGUAGAGGAGACGAUAUCGCACGAUUAAACUUGCGAAAGAAGGGCAACAUCGGUUCCAGCUCUCGAGGGCUCGAUGGAAUAAUUUGGGACAGUUGGAAAGGCAGUAUGUUUCUACAGAGGGCUACUGUCAUGGGACAUUCGUUUGGAGGUGCCACGACAGUACAACUCUGUCGGGACCAGUCUCUUAGCUGGCUUGGCCAAGGUAUUAUUCUUGACGCCUGGGGCCAAGGCACACCCGCCAGAGGUGACGACCCUGGUAAUAUUGUUUCCAGGCCCAUCAUUGCCAUAUCGUCGGAAGCAUUCAUGCAUUGGAAGGAGAAUUUCGAGCGUGUUGUCGGAUUUUGCCAAGAAGCGAGAGAAUCUAACUCUUUGAGCUGGAUGUUGACGAUUGUGGGCUCAACGCAUCUUGCCAUGACGGAUUUCGCCGUCCUGUAUCCGCACUGGAUGUCGUUCUUCAUGAAGUCAAUGGUGAACCCGCUACGAGCCUGCUCCCUAACUAUUGCCACCUCUUUGGAGUUCCUCAGCUUAACUCUGCCGCCCGAACACAUCAAAUUCCCAACAUGGGUAAAUGACGAUUUACUGACAUCGGCACCAGCACCAAGUGAACCGGAGGAAGCACUGCGAGAGGAUCAUGCGCCGGAUGACAAAUGGGUGGCAGUGAGACUCAAGAUCCCGAAUGAGUUCUCAAAGAGAUUUAGAGCAUGGUGCCGACGAUUUUGGCGGGCAGUGAUAUGUGCAGCCGUGGAAGGUGAUGAGUUGGGCAAUGGGCUCCACGACUACACUGAACAUGAUGAGUUGUGGACGCAUAUUAACCCAAGGGGUGAGGAUGUCACUUCUUACAGGAAUACUUUUACUUGA